GGGCAGUAUAACACGUGAUAGUUUGGCCAUGAUCUUGUCCUCUCUCCUCUUAAUCGCGUGUGCCAUGCAAAACUGUGUCGUCGCAUCUGGCGGUGUGCGUUGGCCGGAGCCUGCGACUCAAAGCUCGAUGUCAACCAGGCUGGAUCUGGCGGCAGAAUGCUCCAAGGCCCCACAGUUGCCACUCGACUGCCAGCCGGACACUAAGCACGGAUCGAACAUAUGGCUUCUCCAUGACGGACUUCGGCCGGAGAGGUUAAAACACGCGACGGAGGAGUUCAGACGGAUUGGCUGGCCAUUCACCCGUGGCCUAUCCGGCGACGACGUCCACGGGUGCCUGGCAGCCGAGUUCCCUUAUUGGUCUGGAAGCGCAGGUAAUAAGACCUCGUCAAAUGGUGGCAGCCGGCAAAACAUAAAUUUUGCGCACCUGAAAAUGAUAGAUCUUUUGGCACGGUCGCGAUCGCUCGAAUGUGCCUUCAUCUUCGAGGAUGAUGUAAAGUUUCAUCACAAUUUCUCCGCGCUUUUUGCUAGAUACUGGCCCCAGCGCCGCGUUGGCCGCGUGGGCAUCUGGCAGCUGGGUGCCUUCAGGUUCACAAAACAACACCCACAGGCCGAUCGGCGGGGGUGGGCCAUAGGCUUUGGACCAGGGACCCACGCGUAUGUCGUGUCAAAGGACUUUGCAAGAAUAGCGAGAAAGCUGGCCCAAGUCGAGCCUGUCCUCCGCUCAGACUGGAAUGCGAAAAACAUUGACAUCUGGCUUCGAGAUCGCUUCUCCCACCUUUCGCAAAGACUCGUCGACUUACCGCCCGUCGCGGUUAGGAACGCCCCGAGGAACCAAAGGGGGAUCGCAUUCCAGCGAUUGAAAUGAGCCGAUUUGUAGUGGGAUAAGGUCAGGGGCCUCCCUUGCCAGAAUUAUUUCUCGAAUACGAAACUGCCACAGUGGCCGCUCUAACUCAGGCUAACUGGCCCAUCCUCCCGGGCCAUGUGCCAGUGUCGUAAUUUAGGCCGACGCCUAGCUCAAGUGCUGAGUCACUGGCAGAACUGGCACGGCUUGCAUUGCUGUAGCGCUUGCAAUAAAACCGUAUGACAUCCCAAUCGUCCGCCGGCGGUACACGACACACGAGUUCGGGGAGUCGACUGAUAUUGAGCUCAAUGUCGUCCUCCAACACCAACGUCAAGCCUGACGUGUUCAGGUGUUGUUUCUUCACUAGCAUCACGCUCAAUCAAAUUGCCAGUGUAUCGUCGUAUCACGGGUAAAGUAAGUUCACCUUAGAAGCUUAUCACUUGCCAUAUGGACUACCUUGUCAAUGAGCAAGCUGAGG